UUCAAAGGCUGGCCAUGGAUCAUCACCCUCAUCAGACGAGUCAUCACGGGUCGUCACUUCAAGGAGUGCCAAUGGAACAUCACCCUCAUCAGACGAGUCAUCACGGGUCGUCACUUCAAAGAGUGCCCAUGAAUCAUCAGCCUCAUCGGUGAUGGCGGUCACCAAUUCGGCGGGUGCCCAUGGAUCAUCAGCCUCCACGGACCAGUCAUCACGGGUCAUUGCUUCAAAGGCUGCCCAUGAAUCAUCAGCCUCAUCGGUGAUGGCGGUCACCAAUUCGGCGGGUGCCCAUGGAUCAUCAGCCUCCACGGACCAGUCAUCACGGGUCAUUGCUUCAAAGGCUGCCCAUGAAUCAUCAGCCUCAUCGGUGAUGGCGGUCACCAAUUCGGCGGGUGCCCAUGGAUCAUCAGCCUCCACGGACCAGUCAUCACGGGUCAUUGCUUCAAAGGCUGGCCAUGGAUCAUCACCCUCAUCAGACGAGUCAUCACGGGUCGUCACUUCAAGGAGUGCCAAUGGAACAUCACCCUUAUCAGACGAGUCAUCGCGGGUCAUUGCUUCAAAGGCUGGCCAUGGAUCAUCACCCUCAUCAGACGAGUCAUCACGGGUCGUCACUUCAAGGAGUGCCAAUGGAACAUCACCCUUAUCAGACGAGUCAUCGCGGGUCAUUGCUUCAAAGGCUGGCCAUGGAUCAUCACCCUCAUCAGACGAGUCAUCACGGGUCGUCACUUCAAGGAGUGCCAAUGGAACAUCACCCUCAUCAGACGAGUCAUCACGGGUCGUCACUUCAAGGAGUGCCAAUGGAACAUCAGCCUCAUCGGUGAUGGCGGUCACCAAUUCGGCGGGUGCCCAUGGAUCAUCAGCCUCCACGGACCAGUCAUCACGGGUCAUUGCUUCAAAGGCUGCCCAUGAAUCAUCAGCCUCAUCGGUGAUGGCGGUCACCAAUUCGGCGGGUGCCCAUGGAUCAUCAGCCUCCACGGACCAGUCAUCACGGGUCAUUGCUUCAAAGGCUGCCCAUGAAUCAUCAGCCUCAUCGGUGAUGGCGGUCACCAAAUCGGCGGGUGCCCAUGAAUCAUCAGCCUCCACGGACCAGACAUCACGGGUCAUUGCUUCAAAGGCUGCCCAUGAAUCAUCAGCCUCAUCGGUGAUGGCGGCCACCAAUUCGGCGGGUGCCCAUGAAUCAUCAGCCUCCACGGACCAGUCAUCACGGGUCAUUGCUUCAAAGGCUGCCCAUGAAUCAUCAGCCUCGACCAUAGCAACAGAGGUCACCAAGUCUGGGGCUGCCCAUGAAUCAUCAGCCUCCACGGACCAGUCAUCAUGGGUCGUCACUUCAAAGGCUGCCCAUGCAUCAGCCUCAUCGGUCCUGGCCACCCCGUCAGUGGCCGCACGCGGUGCAGGGCUCACCGCCCGGACGGGCUCGCCACACCGCCUCCCGUUGCACCGGAGGCUGGUGAAGGCGGGCCCGUCGUCACAGAAGAGCGAGAAGUGUAGGCCGCUGAUGUUGUCCAGCAGCCAGGCCAGCGGGAUGGAAGAGGUGAAGACUGGCUUCCUAAGCGAGGCGAAUUGCACCCUGACGGCCGCGUUGCCGUCUUUCUUGCACAGCUUCGCCAAGGGCACACGCAGCUCACCCUCGGCGUGGCAGCCUUGAAUCCCUGCGACGCAAGACCAGCCUUCCACGGGGAGCUUGACGGAGGCGACCGUACGCCUCCUCUUCAGGCAGCAGGUGGAGUCCUUGCACGAGAGCUUGAUGGAGUCCACCAGGGAGGAGCCUCGCUCCAGGGUUACCCACACGUUAAAUU